UCGAAUUCUCAGCGUGAUAGUGGAAGUUUGGUGCGGUUGGAGUUCAGUCAUGCUGGGAACGCGCUGAUUAGUGAGUGAAUUCCUUCUAAUUUGCCGAAACAGUGCGUGAAUACGCGAUGAAUAACUUGUGGUCGGUGAGCUUCGAUUUUUGACAAUGCUGAGUCCUUUUAUCGACAAUCCUCAACUGGGCACCUACGGUUUUAGAGUCUCCCCGUCGCACAAUGGGGGCACACCUCCGGUUCCGAUCUCGCACCAGAACCCGGCCAGCGCAAUGUCCAUCUCCGAUUUCGCCACUUACCCUCAAAAUCACCACUUCCAGCCAAACUAUGGGCACAUGAGCUUCAACCACCCUGGCGGCUACCCGGGCCGAGACUUCCUCAUGCGGCGGGAACCCGAUUUUCCCACUGCUCAAACCGCCCCGACUAACCCCAUGAUGCUGCACCCGUCGGAAAUACCGCCCCAACACCACAACAUCCACAUUCCGACCCAGAUGCUGAUAUCUCGCUUGGAACACCAUUCCAGCUAUCAGCAACAGACGCAGCAAUACAUGAAUCACCCCAUGGCGAUGAGCCAUCAUCCGGACAAUCCUCUGACCGGCAAUUUCUUUAAAUACAUGAAGCAAGGCAGGCAGCCCAUCAUGGUAUGUUCAUGGACCGAUCUCGGGCCGCGCAACACUAGGAAAGUGUGCGGCAGGGAAUUCUCCAGGAUUGAGGACUUGGUGGCACAUUUGGCGGUUGAUCAUGUCGGCGGCCCAGAAAUAACCGAUCACGCCUGCCACUGGCAGGAUUGCAGCCGCAACGGCAAAGCCUUUAAGGCCAAAUACAAGCUAGUGAAUCACCUGCGCGUUCAUACUGGCGAAAGGCCGUUUGUUUGUCCGUUUCAGAAUUGUGGAAAACUGUUUGCUCGGAGUGAGAACCUGAAAAUCCAUAAGCGGACACAUACAGGCGAAAAACCGUUCAAAUGCGAGUUCGAAGGCUGUGAUAGGAGAUUUGCUAAUAGUUCCGAUAGGAAGAAGCAUUCGCAUGUACACACAUCGGAAAAACCGUACAAUUGUGGCGAACCUGGCUGUGAUAAGGCGUACACACACCCGUCUUCCCUCAGGAAGCACAUGAAGGCUCAUCCGGGUAAUCGCCGAUCGCCCAAUCGCUCAUCGGAUGGCGAGGACAGCAGCGUGUCCAGUAACGAGUCCUUGCCGGGGGGAAGUCCUCAUGGCCAGAUCGUCGGGAAUGUCCGGCAAACGGUCUCCGAAAAUGCUGCUGCACAUUGGUACUGCCACCCGGACAACCCUGGCCUGCAGAGUGACCGACUAACCCCGAUGGCUCCACCGUACAGUGGGUUGCACGGACAGGGAUCUCCCUAUUGAGUGGUUAACUGCUAAAUGCCUCAGGAAUCAUCCUAUGCACACUAUGCACACUGGCAGUGUUUUGAUUGGGAACUUUAUGAACAGUUCCAAAAGUGCUAAAUACCGUGUGCUAUAAGAUAAGUUAAUAUAGUUUAUAUACAGAAGGUGUCCCGAUAUACACAGGAUGUCCCAAGACGGAUCUCUGGAUCUCGGUUUUCUGGAUUUAUUUGUCGCAAAUAUCAAUUCAAUAUCAAGCUGUUGUAUUAAAUAAAUUCAAUAAAUAUUAUGGAAAUAUU